UCCCCCACAAGUAACAUUCUUCAAACCAGCUCGCAGAUUUUUACUUCAAUAAUUAGUUUACCUUCGCCAAAGAGAAGAAGCAAAAAAGGUUGAAUUGUAGUGCUUGUGAAGAUGACUUCUAGGGUUGUUGAACCACUUGUUGUUGCACGAGUGAUAGGAGAAGUAGUAGACAGUUUCAAUCCAAGUGUGAAAAUGAAUGUGAUAUACAACGGGAGCAACCAAGUUUUUAAUGGUCAUGAAAUCAUGCCUGCUGUCAUUGCUGCUAAACCUCGUGUCGAGAUUGGUGGCGAAGACAUGCGAUCUGCUUACACCCUUAUCAUGACCGACCCAGAUGUUCCAGGUCCUAGUGAUCCUUACUUGAGGGAACACCUCCACUGGAUUGUUACAGAUAUUCCUGGUUCUACUGAUGCCUCUUUUGGAAGAGAGAUAGUGAGCUAUGAGAGUCCAAAGCCAGUGAUUGGGAUUCACCGAUAUGUGUUCCUAUUGUAUAAACAAAGCGGAAGGCAAACAGUGGAACCAGCAGCAACAAGAGACCAUUUCAACACUCGAAGGUUUACGGCAGAGAAUGGAUUGGGAAGCCCAGUUGCUGCUGUCUACUUCAAUGCCCAGAGAGAAACUGCUGCCAGAAGAAGAUGAAUUAAACCAAUUACUGCAUCAUAAUAUAAACAUGCAAAUAAUCACUUUUAGCUUAAUUAGACUGUUAACGGGCUGGAAGUAGUAACUCCUUUAAUAACUAUUUAUCUAUUAAAACACGUGAUUUAAAUAAGUUCUGCACUUUGAUACUAUAUAUAUAUAUAAGCUAAGGAACAGCCUGCGGAGAACUCUGGUUAAGUAUAUAUAUAGUACAACUUUGUACUUACCAGAAAAGUAGGUGAAUGAUUAAGCGUAGAGUGUCAAUCUUCAUGCAUCAUGCAGAUUCUGAGUUUUCCCACCAAUUAGGUUGCCCCUGUGUUCCAUUUGUUUGUGGUAUCUACUCGUACUUUACUUUGUAUUAGUUGUUUGAUGUAUUAAAUUGAAAUAAAAUGCAUAUAUCAAA